AUGACGGCCCUCACAGCUUCCGUUGCAGCCCUGGCCGCUUCCUGCGGCCGGCCAGGGUUCAAUCAGCGGCCGACAACUGAACACGGCGUGUGGGAGGGCCCGGGAGUCUUCCUCCAAUGGGGAGCUACGGCGCGCGGCCGGGACCUGGAAGCGGUGCAGCGCGGCGGGUGCGGUUCAGUCGGUAGGCGGCAGCGGCUGCAGAGGAGGAUGUGGGUCACGCACGGGCUGGCGGUGGCGCUGGCUCUGAGCGUGCUGCCGGACAGCCGGGCGCUGCGGCCGGGUGACUGCGAAGUUUGUAUUUCCUAUCUGGGAAGAUUUUACCAGGACCUCAAAGACAGAGAUGUUACAUUCUCACCAGCCACUAUUGAAAAAGAACUUACAAAGUUCUGCCGUGAAGCAAGAGGCAAAGAGAAUCGGUUGUGCUACUAUAUUGGGGCCACAGACGAUGCAGCCACCAAGAUCAUCAAUGAGGUGUCGAAGCCCCUGGCCCACCACAUCCCUGUGGAGAAGAUCUGUGAGAAGCUUAAGAAGAAGGACAGCCAGAUCUGUGAGCUAAAAUAUGAUAAGCAGAUUGACCUGAGCACGGUGGACUUGAAGAAGCUUCGAGUUAAAGAGCUGAAGAAGAUCUUGGAUGAUUGGGGGGAGACAUGCAAAGGCUGCGCAGAAAAGUCUGACUACAUCCGGAAGAUCAAUGAACUGAUGCCUAAAUAUGCCCCCAAGGCAGCCAGUGCACGGACUGAUUUGUAGUCUGCUUAAUUCCUGUUGCACCUGAAGGGAAAAAACAGUUCAGCUGUCUCUUCCCAAAACAGCCUUUUUGUAAUUUAUUUUUUAAGUGGGCUUCUGACAAUACUGUAUCAGAUGUGAAGCCUGGAGCUUUCCUGAUGAUGUUGGUUCUACAGUGCCUCUGUGAGGGGAUUCACUUCCUUCUGUUGCUGGUUUACUCCAGGACUUCAAAAGUGUAUCUGGGUUUUUUUUUUUAUUAAAGAAAAAAAAAUUUCUAGCUGUC